AUGGCCUGUCUCCGCCAUGGGCCAUUCGGACAGCAUGGCAUGGCAAGCGACGUUGUGUCGAGCACGCCGCACCACAUGGCACAGAUUGACGGUCAAGUGGCCACCACCUCCCUCUUCCUUGCCGCCCGCCUAGAGGAACGGAUCUCAAAGUGGACAGAUGGGAAGGUGACGGGAGACGCAACGGCGGCCGCUGACUGGCUGAAUUUAAUUUUGGAACACGGACGCCAGGCCCGUUUCGGCCGGGCCCAUGCUGCUGGGCGCUUAACGGUGGUGAGGGAAAUGGCCGACCAGGUGAGGUGGGCAGCACGACAAGACGCGGUGGCUGGAAUUUGGUGA